AUGCCCUCACUCGUCUCGAGUAUGAAGCUGGAGAACGAUCCCUAUAAUGUCUUGAGCGAUAUAUUUGACUUUCCGAAUGAUGAGCAAAGACUUUGGUGGCAUUCCACGGCCCCGAUGUUUUCCAAUAUGCUCCAAACAGCCGGCUACGAUACGCAUCUGCAAUACAGACACCUUGGACACUUCAAGAAGCAUAUCAUCCCAUACUUAGGAGUUUACCCUGAUAAUGAGAAUGACCGGUGGCUUAGCAUUCUCACACGAUAUGGAACACCUCUAGAGCUGAGCCUGAACUGUUCCGAUUCACUUGUCCGAUACACAUAUGAGCCUAUAGAUGAAAAAACGGGUACACCUGAAGACCCUUUCAAUACUCAUGCUAUCUGGAACGCUCUACUGAGUUUGAAGAAGGUUCAGCCGGAUCUAGACACUGAGUGGUUCACUUACUUCAAAAAAGAGUUGACACUGAGUUCCGAAGAAUCGGCAUACUUGAUGAACCAAGGUCUUGUGCAGGGUCAGAUCAGAACUCAGAACAAACUAGCAUUAGACCUGAAAGGAAGCAAGUCCACAGUAAAAACCUAUAUAUACCCCGCUCUAAAAGCCUUAGCGACUGGAAAGUCGAUACAGACACUCAUAUUUGAUUCUGUGAGGAAAAUGACGGAGAAAUUCCCAACCAUUCAACCGGCGUUGGAGACGCUGGAAAGCUACGUCAACUCAAGGACUGGACCAUCAAGCACCGUUACUCCACGUCUUUUCUCUUGUGAUCUCGUGGAACCGAGUGCUUCUCGAAUCAAAAUUUACCUUUUGGAAAUGAUGGUGUCCUUGGAAUCAAUGAGAGACCUUUGGACCCUGGGGGGACUUCGUAACGAUAAGUCUACCCAGGAAGGCUGGGAGAUGAUCGAAGAACUUUGGGAUCUCCUACAGAUUCCUCCAGGGCUUCAAAAUUAUCCCGAACCAUAUUUACCUCUACACAGCAUACCCUGCGAGCAGCUCCCUACAAUGGCCAACUACACACUCCACCACGGGGAAUCGAUGCCUGAGCCUCAAGUCUACUUUACCGUCUUUGGUAUGAACGAUAUGGCAAUCUCCCAAGCCCUAACGACGUUUUUCGAGCGAAGAGGAUGGUCAGACAUGGCUGAAAAAUAUACGAACAGCCUCAGGUCAUACUAUCCCUACAAUGAUCUCAAGGAAAUGAAUUGGUUGCACGCGUACAUCUCCUUUUCCUAUCGGAAAGGCAAACCGUACCUCAGUGUCUACCUACAAACCCUCGAGACCGGAAACUGGCCACUUCGAGGCAAGACUGCCAGUCGUAUUGCACCGCUCCUCCACGCUGCCAACCUCCCAUUUCUCCUAGCCUCACGCCAUAACUCACAAGCAAACCCCUACCCACACGCAUACUUCGACUGGAUGAAAGAUGAUAGCUACGCGAGUCCCUUUGAAAAGGCGCUCAGUACGGGCAUUGGCCCCAUCUCGACUGCUUAUCUUGUUCCUCCGCCCAUGUUCGACUUGGCCCCUCCCAUGAUUAAGUUUGUGGACUUUGCACUCCAGAGAGGUGUCAAGAGAUUCGUCCUCCUUAGUGCAAGUACUAUUGAAAAAGGGGGGCCAGCAAUGGGUCAGGUCCAUGCGUAUCUCGAGUUCCUUGGGAAUGUCGAGUAUGCAGUCUUGAGACCGACAUGGUUUAUGGAAAACUUCUCUGCCUCAAAUGAGCUUCAACGAACUGCCAUAGAGCAGGAGAGUCUGGUGUAUUCAGCAACUGGUGAUGAGAAGAUUCCGUUCGUCUCCGCGAAUGACAUCGCCCGAGUCGGUUUCCGUGCCUUAACUGACAAAAAGUCACAUAACACCGACUACGUCAUUCUUGGCCCCGAUCUACUAUCAUACAACCAGGUCGCAAAAAUUCUUACUUCUGUUCUGCACAGGAAGAUAACGCAUCUAGAGCUGACCGAGGUAGAGCUAGGAAAGAGGUUGGAGUCCGCAGGCAUUCCUACAAACGAUGCAAAAAUGCUGGCUGGGAUGGACACCAUCGUCAAGAAUGGCGCUGAGAACAGGCUGAACGACGUGGUCGAGGCAGUGACAGGGAGACCACCGCAAAGUUUUAAUGAUUUUAUACUGACUUUCAUAUAUUUGAGAAGCCCUCUUUCUUCGAACGCUCAUACUCGAGUUCUUAAAUUACAUCCUUCCCUGGACCCAUUGGCGCCUAUCCGAGGCUCACUAUUCGAAAUCAAUCUGGACCAUGAGAAGUCCGAAUAUGAUGCCCUGUCGUACACAUGGGGGAUCCCAAGCUUCACGGAGGAACUUAUUGUUGAUCAGUGUUACUUAAUGAUCACACUAAAUCUCUUAUAUGCUUUGCAGCGGUUCCGAAUGCCGACCGAGGCUCGUAUGAUUUGGGUUGAUGCAAUCUGUAUCAACCAAGAAGAUGAUGACGAAAAGUCAAGACAGAUCCCUUUCAUGAGGCAGAUCUAUCGUAGCGCAUCAUCGGUACUUGUUUGGUUGGGCAUUGAUGAAAGUGGUUCCAGCUCCCUGCGCCGACUUCAUCAUUAUACGAAGCAACCUGGGUCAAGCGUCUCUACGGCAGAGAUUUCCCGAGAACUAGGUAACCUCACCAAGCUACCGUGGUUCCAUCGACGUUGGAUAAUCCAAGAGGUUGUUUUAAACCCCAAUGUCCUUCUCAAUUGUGCUGGGGUGAGUAUGCCAUGGGUGCGGCUUGUCCAAGCCCUAAGCGCGGGAAUAGCCACGGAAGUCAUCAGUUCACUAGUGACGAUGGCGGACCUUUGGAAGGCCUGGAUACUCCGAAAAGAUGAUACACAACCCCACAUAUUCAAUCUUCUUGCUUCAUUUCAUGACUCUAAAUGCCAAGAUGCUAGAGACAUGGUAUACGCCUUGGCCGGACUGGCAAGUGAUGUGCAAUUGAAAGACAGCAGCGAUAGAAAGGGGCAGGAUAAAGGGUUAGAAGAAAUGAGUGCGGAGAGUGAUACCGGAGAUCAUGGGAAUACUGUGAUACCAGUUCCAGUUGACUAUACUCUCUCGGCCGAAUGGCUUUACUAUGAAGUCGUGCUCAAUGCGCCAUCAGGCAGACAGCUGACGAGUCAGACCAGAUGCCUUCGUGGGUUCCUGAUUGGAGGAAACCCAAGGUUAGAGAACCACUUUGGUUUUCCCCUGCUGAUAUUCAAGGCCAUUUAG